UGUGCGCAGCGCAGCAGAGGGAUUUCCAUCCAUUCAGGAGCUGCUGGUUUCAGUUUCAGUUCGAGACGCUUUUGAUUCCGAUCAUCCUCAUCUCUGCUGGUGUGUAGCGAUGGAUGAGCAGCACAUCCAGGCCCGGCUGAUCGCUCUCCUCCGGCAGGACAACAUCCGACUGUGGCUCGAGCCCUUCACGACGGACACCGGAGACCCGGAGCUCCACAGCAUACAGGAACUGGCUGUGAAAUACGCUCCUGUCACUGGCUUCCCUGUGGAGGAAGUGAUGUCAUCGCUGGAGAUCAUCAGAUCAGACACCAGCCGGAAAGAUGAAGGGAAUAAAGAGUUUAAAGAGACUUCAGUGGCUUCGCUUGAGCUUCACCUGCCCAGAGAAGAAGGACAGAAAAAGAAAAGGAAAGUUCAUUUAAAAACCAAACUGGACAUCACCACACAAGAGCUGAAGAAUCAGAUAAGCGAGGAGUUUAAAUUCAAACACUUCAAUCUGAUUCUGUCUGGAAAGAAACUGUCUCUAGGGAUGAGGCUGAGUGAACAGAACGUGAAGAACAACAGUAAGAUCAUGGUGCUGAACGUCACGUCGGAGGAGGUGAAGAACGUCAUGCUGGAGGAAGAGGAGAAGAAGCGCAGUCAGGAUGAAGGAGUGCAGAGGACACAGAAGGGCUUCCAGAUCCUGUCAGAGAGAGAUGGGAGUGAGGAUCCGACCACUACCCCGUUUCUAGAGAUCGCAGAUCAGAAAGGAAAUCCACUCCAGAUCCCCAACGACGAGAGGAAGGCUCUGAUCCUGGCGAUGGGUUUCCAUGAGAAAGGUCGAGCUCUGAUGAAGAAGAGAGAUCACAGCGCUGCUCUGUGUCAUCUCCUCCUCGCUGACGAACAGUUCAAUAAGUGUAACUCUGCGCUGCUGAACACGGUGGAUAACUACGCCGUCCUGCAGCUGGAUAUCGUGUGGUGUUUCCAGGCUCUGGAGCAGCUGGACUGCCUGAACGACGCCAGACAGAGACUGUCCCGGGCCGAGGAGUGUUUCCAGAGGUGUUACGGAGAACAGCAGAGCCGACUGCAGCUCAUCAAGGGUCACACUGGAGGAGAAGACGUGCUGUUUCUGAGGCUGUAUCUUCUUCAGAGUGUGCUGGCGUACCACGACGGAAACAAGAACCAAGCCUCAUACAAGCUCAAAGAAGUUGAGCGUCUGUUCGGUCAGUUGUUUCUGGACCCGGUCAAGAUCUCGCAGCUGAUGAGUUUGGGUUUCUCUGAUCAGGACGCUCGUCUGGGUCUGAGAGCCUGUCGAGGAGAUCUAUCAGAGGCCGUGCUGCACAUCACACAGAGGAAGAAGGAGAGGAAGGAGAUGAAGGAGAGAGAGCGAGAGAAGAGGAGACGACGUCUGCAGGACAUCAACACACUGGUGGAGCUGAGCUUCAGUAAGAGAGACGCGGCCAGAGCCCUGCAUCAGGCCAGAGGAGACGUGGACAAGGCCUAUAACAUUCUGCUGGACGGCGCUGAAGCUCAGACUCAGACUCAGAGUUCAGACCGACAGACCAAGCUGGAUCAGCUGGUGUCGUUCGGCUUCCAGCUGGACGUGGCAGACUCAGCGCUGAGGCUCAUGGGAGAUGAUCUGGAGUCGGCCACACAGAUGCUGCUGGAUCAUCAGGGUGUCGUUCCUCCUGAUCUCCUGUCUCCUUCUCCUCCAUCCUCUUCCUCAGAGGAACCCAGCACCUCGUCCUCCUCCGACAACACCGUUUCAGCCUCUAGUCCUCUGGAUGAGGAGUUAGUGAACGAGGCUCUGGAGGAUAUUCCCCGACACGAGGAAGACUAUCUGGACCUCACGCUGGAUGAAGAGCAGGAGCUCAUGAAGACCAUCAGAUCCCGCCUGGAUAAACAGCCCACGACCUCCGGAUGAGCGGAUGAGCGGAUGAGAAGAGUUUCAGCGGA